CACAACCCAGUGUCAGUCGGUCUGUCUCCAUCGGGCUCUUCAUCCUCUUUAAAUUCCCAACAGAAGCCUCUCUUUCUCAUAUCUCUCCAUCACCAUCGUCGCCCAUUUUCUCUCUUCUUUCUCACAGAUAAUUCCUCUGUUUCUUCAUAAACUGAAACAUCAAUAAGCUCGUACACAUAAGAGCCAUGUCUCUUCAAACUCUCUCUGCCCCCAAACACACCUUUGUCUUUUCACCAUCACCCUCUUCCUCUUCUUCGAAAGGAUCUCCCUUUGUGGCGAAUAAAGACAAACGAAUCCAGUUCAAUGUUCAACCCAGGAGAAGAGGAUCCCUGUCCCUUUCAAAACUCCGUACCCAUGAAUUAUCUCCAGGGCUACAGCAUGAACUUCCGGUGAUACAGUGGCAAGAUGUAGAAGGCAGGGAACAUCUCCAGGUCGAGUUGAGAAGCAAUGCGAUAAAGAAAGGAGUGGAAGCAGUGAAGCGCGUGAUGAAAAGCAUAAGAGACGGAGAGAUAACGGUCUCUGCGUACGACACGGCGUGGGUCGCUCUCAUCGAGGAAGACGACAAUGGCGGCGGCGACGGAGACGGAAAGAGCCCUCAGUUCCCAACGGCGAUCGGAUGGAUCGCGAGCAAUCAGCUCCCGGACGGGUCGUGGGGAGAUUCCUCUCUCUUCUCCUAUCACGAUCGUCUCAUCAACACCCUUGCAUGCGUUAUCGCCCUUAGACACUGGAAAAUGUUCCCUCACCAGUGCAACAAAGGAAUAGAGUUUUUCCGAGAAAAUAUAGAGAAACUGCGAGAGGAAAAGGACGAACACAUGCCCAUCGGAUUCGAAGUUGCUUUCCCGUCGCUGUUGGACAUCGCUCGGCGACUGGACAUCGAUGUGCCUUAUGAUUCGCCUGUCCUGCAGGAGAUCCACUCCAAGAAAAAUCUCAAGCUCACCAGGAUUCCGAAAGAGAUAAUGCACAAGGUCCCAACGACAUUGCUGCAUAGCUUGGAGGGUAUGCCUGGUUUAGAUUGGGAAAGGCUCUUGAAGUUCCAAUGCCAAGACGGCUCUUUCCUCUUCUCUCCUUCCUCCACCGCAUUUGCCUUUAUGGAGACCCGAGACGAUAACUGUCUCCGAUAUUUACGGAAUGUGGUCCAACGUUUCGACGGAGGAGUCCCGAAUGUGUAUCCGGUUGAUCUAUUCGAACGUAUGUGGGUGGUGGAUCGGUUGCAGCGGCUAGGGAUCUCGAGAUACUUCGAGGACGAGAUCGAUCACUGCAUGGACUACGUUCAUAGACAUUGGACAGAAGAUGGCAUAUGCUGGGCAAGCCAUUCCCCCGUCCAAGACAUAGACGACACAGCCAUGGCAUUCAGGCUGUUAAGGAUGCAUGGAUACGACGUUUCCGCAGACGUAUUCAAGAAUUUCGAAAAGGACGAAGAGUUCUUCUGCUUUGUCGGGCAAUCAAACCAGGCGGUGACGGGGAUGUUCAACCUAUACCGGGCAUCGCAGUUGGGAUUUGCCGGAGAGGAGAUCCUGCAAAACGCCAAGGAGUUCUCGUACAAGUUUCUCCGACAGAAACAAGAGUCGGAUCAGCUUGUCGAUAAGUGGAUUAUAACCAAAGACUUGCCUGGCGAGGUUGGGUUUGCGUUGGAAACACCAUGGUAUGCUGCAUUGCCUCGAGUGGAGACUAGAUUCUACAUUGACCAAUACGGUGGAGAAGAUGACGUCUGGAUUGGCAAGACCCUUUAUAGGAUGCCUUACGUAAACAAUGAUGUGUAUCUAGAAGUGGCGAAGCAAGAUUAUAACAGCUGCCAAGCGAUUCAUCAAAUCGAGUGGGAUAGAAUGCAAAAGUGGUACGAGGAAAACGGGCUAAGCGAUUACGGAGUGAACAGGAGUCUGGUUCUCGUGUAUUACUUUUUGGCAGCGGCGAGCAUCUUUGAACCGGAGAGGUCAUACGAGAGAAUUGCGUGGGCCAAGUCGAGAGUCUUGGUUGAGGCCAUCUCUUCUUGCUGCGGCGGAACCUCUGUUCAAAAGAGAGGGUUUCUCGACGAAUUUGAAAGCUACAUCGCCAACGCCCAAAAUGGAAGGAAGAGAUCAUUGGAUGAAGCGGAAGGAUCGUCGGAGAAGGCGAGGAAGCUGGUGGGAACCCUAGCAGCAACGUUGAACCACAUGUCUUUGGAGGUUCUCAUGGCCCACGGCCUCGACGUCACCCACCACCUUUAUCACUCCUGGCGGGAAUGGGUGAAGAAAUGGGAAGGAGGAGGAGGAGGAGGAGGAGGAGAAGCGGAGCUGAUGGUGAAAAUGAUUAGCGUAAUGAGAAGUGGAGGUCGAAGGUCUCCGUACACAUCCCCAGACCAAGUCCUGUCCCAUCCUCUAUUCCACCGUCUCUCCGAACUCACCAACCGUCUCUGCCUUCAUCUGGUGAGGGAAGAUGACAAAAACACAAAGAAGAAGAGGACAACGAACGAAGAGAGGAGGAGAGAGAGUGAGAUGAUGAAAGAGCUGGUGGAGAUGGUGUUGAAGAGACCAUCAUCAUCAUCACCAUCACCAUCACCAUCAUCGUCGUCCUCAUCAGGUGGUGGUGAUGACCUCAGCCAUGACGUCAAGCUCACAUUCCUCAUCGUUGCAAAGUCCUAUUACUACUUAGCCUCGUGCGACGCUUUCUCUCUCCACUCUCAUAUCGCCAAAGUCCUCUUUCAACGAGUCAACUGAUCCAAUCAGACUCUCUCUCUCUCUCUCUCUCAUGAGGAAGAUCAUGAGAUAUCUCCCUUUCAUGCCUUUGUUUUUCGUUUAACAUAAUCAUGGGAGAUUAUAGGUGAAUGUAAAUUUACAAUAAAGAAAGAAACUUAACCAAAAGUUAUGUGAAAUUACAAGAGUUAUGCAUA